CUUGAAGCAGGUCUAAUGUCUUUUUCUUUCCUUGUUUCAGAACGGCCUGGGCUGUUGGAUCUCAAAGGCAAGGCCAAGUGGGAUGCCUGGAAUCAUCUGAAAGGGACUUCUAAGGAAGACGCCAUGAAAGCUUACAUCAACAAAGUAGAAGAACUAAAGAAAAAAUAUGGAAUAUAACAGACUGGAUUUGGCUGCCAACACUGCAUUUCAUCUAAACCAAUCUAAUGCCUUUCUUUUCUAAUACUGUGGAUGACAUGAAAUAAUGCAAAUAGCCUGUUAGCCUAGGUCCUGAAGACCGCACAGGGCAUGGCUCCAACAGAGUAGGGCCUGCCAUGGUUACUGACCUGCACUGAGUAGUUUUUAUCCGUAGAUCUAUUAAAAGCACAUUUGUUACUUUAA